CGUUGCAGAUCACAUUGGUGGAAAUGAUAAUUUUUAUAAAAAUCUUAAUGACAUUGCAUUGCAGACAUUUGGGUCCACCAUACGUAAAAGGUGGAAUGGCCGAGAAAACAGAUUAAAAGAUGAACUCACAAACCAUAUGGUUGAGUUGUUCGGAAAUGACACAUUCGACAAAACCAAGCUCCUUGAAAAAGCUGACACAUAUUUAAAGUAUGUGAAGGACCAAUACAGAACACAUUUAGAGAAGAAUGUAAAGUAUGAGCGUCCCCCCAUGAUUCCAGAGAGGGAGUGGAAGGACCUGAUUUUGGAUGCCAAGGAGAGAAUUGAAAGGAAAAAAGGAAAUACACUAGUAGAUGCCAAAAGAAGACUGAGUGACACGUCAAAGGCAACCAAGGCAAGACAAGAAAAGCAUGGGCAACACAAACUCGACUUUGGUGGUUAUAUGAAACUUGCCACACAAAUUGGCUCUGAAUUUAAUACAGCGUCCACAGAAGAUGACAAGAGAAUUGCCUACCAGCAAGGCUAUAUAGUCGUGGAUGAACGACUACAAGAAUUGAGUGGGCAACAUAAGAUUCUGGUGCAUCCGUCACGCAGCAAUGAUAACAAUGCACAUGAAAUUGGAAUGCAACCUGCUAAUCAUGAAACACAACCUACACAUGAAGGUCCGGAUGUGCAUCCCAAUAGUGGAGAGCAUGUAGUCGGUGGUGACCAAGUGGAGCAUGAUCCGAAUACACAACAUCAGGAAUGUGAUGUUCCCAAUUAGGAUCUAGAGGUUGUUCAACAUGUUGAGGUAGAGGUUGUCCACCAUGUUGAUUUCGAAGAUGACGUGGCCCCAUCAGAGGACCACCCUUCGCUUCAGUGUCCCCGUCCUCAAUAUAGGACUAGGCAUACAUCGAGAUCACGAGCAGAGGGCAAAACAACUGAAGAGGUGGGAAAUGAUGAAGAAAACGAUGAUACACUUAUUCUUUACAUAGCUUCAAAUAAAAAACAAAAAAACAAAUAAUUGUAAUCUAUCAAAACAAGGGUUGCUUUGAUGAACUCAUAUCUGUGUUUGUGAUGAGCAACAACACUGGAAGGAACUUACAUAUUUAUAUAUUCGAGAUGAUGAAUAUGAUAAUGCUGCCACUACUAUCAUGAACCAUUCUCCAGAGGCAUGGGAUCAUAUGCAAUUCAAAGAUGUUGUAGUUAAAGUGGUCAAUGUUGAAUUGUACUACAAAGCUGUAAACUUUUAUUUGCAAGAACACCCAGAUCUUAUUAAUGACCUCUUGAAUGUCCUUGCCCUUAGGGUAGACCACACAUGAGUGGUUGACAUCAUAAGUAAGGUAUGGCUCUCAACUCUGUUAUUCUGUUAUUGUUUUUUAGGAUUA